UGAGACAGACCUCAGUGGUGUCUCAUGGGACGAAAAGCCACCUUAGUCGUGCUGGUGCGCCAUGGUGAACGUUUGGACGAAGCAGAUCGGUUUGCAUGGCAGCAAAUGAGAACGCAUGAAACUCAAUACGAUCCACCUCUGACCAAAACAGGGUACAAGCAGUCAAGCCUCGCUGCUAAGAAGGUCUUGCAGCAGUUGGCGAACUCCGGCGCGCCGCCGGUGACAACAAUCUACAGCAGUCCCACAGCAAGAACCCUGGGCACCGCUGCAGCUAUGGCCCAAGAGGUUGGUGUGUCCCGAGUGCUUCCUGCAUAUGGCUUGAACUGCUGUGCCGCUGCCAAGAUGACAGGCGUGGCGUCCAAGUACUGGGGCCCACCCACGGAGGCGACGAUGCGGGGCGUGGCCUGUUCCUGGCCACCGCUGCAAGAUGCGAAGGAGGUGAACCAGCGAAAUCGCUCGGAGAGGGGCUUUGUUCAAUCACUUCAAGAACUCGCAAGUGCACAUGGCGAAGAAAGUGUGAUCAUGGUCUCGCACAGAGAAGGGAUCUGGGAAGUUCUCCAGCAUUUCGGACGCCGACCGCACAAGGAGUACUGCAGCACGCACUACUUGUGGUAUGACCACGACUCCCAGAAGCUUACACUCUGGGAUCCUGACAAGGAUCCCGCCGAAAGCGAUGCUGCUGGUCCCAGGAGCGGAGCCAAGACAGCGACGACCGACUUGGGCGCGAUCCUCGCGAAGGGCCAAGGACGAUUGGCCCUGAAAGGGACACACGGUCGCAAGCUCUGGCAGACGCCCGGCGUUCGGGACUUGUGGGUCGAGGGUGGCGAGAUUCAUCCGGGUGAAGUUAUUGAGCUGUGCAGCAGUCCCCAAGCCAGCGAAGGCGAUGAAGGAGACUUCGUCCUGGUACGGAAGGAGAACGGCAUCGAAGGCUGGACGAAGGUGCGCAACCUGAGCUCCGCCGUGCUGCCGGAGGCCAUCGAAUGCCGGCGGAUGGCCGGGCGGAUGGUGCCGGAAGCCUUGAAAGCACUGGCGAACUGAGGAAAAUGGUGGUUUAAUGGUGAUUAAUCCAUGAUUAUUGGAUGAAUUUUC